CAUUGUUUGAAAUAAACUUGUCCAAUUGUAUUCAACGUAAUGGUUGGGCGAAUUUCACUUGAAUUAACACCAGUUAACGCUACCUUACAACGCUCAUUUUCAAGCAAAAGAGUUCGUCGGCACUUCUGCUUUGGAUAUAUUGAUUGCAAAAGCUGAACUGUUGCAAGAUGAAUCUCUUCUGCUUGACAAUUUUAUCUGGAAUCAUGACCAUUCAAAUAUACACAGACGCAAUGUUCGUUCCACCAUUUGGACAUCACGGUCAUCCUGGUCAUCCGAUGAAGCCACAUCUGUUUGGUCCGCCAAUGCAUGGACCACCAAUGGCACAUGGACUGCCACCACCGGUGAUGCAUAUGCACGGUCCACCGAUGCAUGCACCUUUCCAUAUGCCUAGACCGCACAUGAUGCCUUUACCAGGCCAUGCAAUAAUGAAUAAUCAUUAUGAUCAUCGUAUGUCUAAAUUUCAACAAAAUGCAUUUCAUCCGUUACAGCCAAAAUAUAGAAAAAAGGCAAUGACGAAAGCGUUUAAACCUACGAAGCUUUUUAAAAAACCGAGACGUGUUCUUCUUAUCCGACAGCGAAAUGAUAUAAACAUGCCAGAUCCAUAUGAGUAUCAACGCCAAAUGAGUCGAGUGGCACAAUCAAUGUAUGAACGUGGUAUUAAUUAUAACAACAACUUCGAAGGAAAUCGUUAUGACAACAAUAAUAAUUAUAACAACAAUGUUGGCAAUGGUAGAUUUAACAAUAGAAACUUUGAAAACCAGAGAAGAAACAAUGCCAACCUUAAUGACUUUAAUACAAGGAACUGGGACAUUGUUACCAAUGGAGGCAAUUCAAGAAAUUAUGAUAAUAAUAGGAACUUUGGAAACAACGGCAACUUAAAUCCACCUCACCUACGAGAAGUUGUUGAUACAAGCAAUCGUGUAGAAAUAAGUAAAAACUCAGUAAAGUCGAGAAAUGUUGGGGGAUCAACACGGAGGCAAUCAGUUAGACUCAGUAAAAGCAAAGGUAAAUCCAACAGUCUAUCUGGUAACACUAUUGACUUAACUGGAUCAAAAGUGAUAUCAUCCAACAAAAAUUAUGGAACAGAAAUACUGUCGUCUAAUCUCUUAGACAAAAGCAAUUCUGGAAUUCAAUCUGAAAAAGUGAACAUUAGACGAGAUCGGAUAAAGAGUAGCACGAAACGUACAGACACCUCUUCAAGAGUUACACGUUUGAACAGCAACAACGACAACAGAAACAGCGACAGAUUUAAUAAUAACAACAGCAAUAAUUACAACAACAGAAAUAGAAACAGCGACCUUUUUAAUAAUAACAACAGAAAUAACAACAACAGGAAUAGAAACGGCGACAUAUUCAAUAAUAACAACAGUAACAACAACAACAACAACAGAAACAGUAUAAAUGAUAGAAAUACAAACAGUUGGAAUAACAUGAACAACAGUAAUAACAAGAACACUAAUAAUAGUAAUAACAAAAGCAAUAUCGGAUUACAAAGUAAUAACAACAUCAAUUUCGAUAACAACAGCAGUAAUCAAAGCAACAAAAUAACUAAUAGCAACAAUAAUAGAAAUACAAUAACCAGCAACAAUAACAAUGAAAACAGCAAAAGCAAUGUUGGUCAAAACAACAACAACAAAAACAAUAAUAGUCAAAAUAACAACAAUAUAAAUGACAAAAACAUAAACCUAACUGGGUUAGCUGGAUCGCUCCUUGAUUUCACUAGCAUGGGAAUAGAUGCUUCAGCAAAUCGUCAAAAUACAGGCAACAAUGCUCUGAGCUCUUUGUCAACUGGAAGUCAUCUUCCUGGGUCAGGCUCUGCUACAGCAUCUUCAACUUUAGUCAAUUCCAAUGGUGCAAAUAACGCUGCAGCAUCUGCCGUGGCUGAUUUAAAUGGAAAUUCGAUCAAUUCUGCAGGAAAUUUACUUAGUGCUAGUGAUCUUCUUCUGAUUGACGGUAAUGGCCUGACUCCAGCUGAAGUUGCAGCAACUGCAAUUCCUAUGGCCGGCGAUGUACUUUCGGGCGUUGUGGACUUGUCAGCUACUGGUGGAAACACAAACAACAUUGGCGGUACUAACUUUGACGUUCUAACUUUAGACAAAGGAGCCUUUGCUCAAUUAGAACACGCAUUACAAACAGGCCAAACAGUAAAUGCUCAAUUACUUGACUCCAUCAUUAGUGGCGGUGGCACAACCAAUAACGGGAAUGGAUUUCACACGAGCCUGUCGUCACCUUCGGCAACAGCCGGUCACACGGAUCCUUCUUUGGCAGUUCCACAGAUCAUUAUACUUGAUCAAGCCCAAGCGCAACAUUUAACCGGAUCAACAGAUUUAGGAGGUCACGGUGGAAAUCCACAACUAGUUGAUUUACACACAUUAUCAUCGUCUUCCUCUAACUUAGCGCAUACUUCGGAACAGUUGUCGUCUACAGCCUCUUCCAGCCAUUCAUCUGUGGAUGUACCUCAUGCAGGAAAGGUUUUACCAGGUGUGCCUAAUCAGCUGUUGUCAGGAAAUCACGGAGGGAGUACCAUGGGAGGCCAUAGUCACGGACAUGGUAUUGUUGGUAUUCUUGGAGAACCAAUAAAGGCCAUUACUAUGGGAUCGAACUCUGACCUCAUGGGUCUUUUUAGUAUGCCAGAUGCGUCAAACCUUUCAAAUAUCCCUGCAAGUGUCGUAAGCAUACCAGAAUCAAUAGGCAGGCGGAUGCCAUCUGGUCACCAGCACUCAGGACAGACAGAUAUGUCUAGCAUGUCACAUUCAACAGGUCAUAGAAUGCCAUCAGGACAUAGUUCGCAUUCAAGUCACGGUGCACAUUAGCCGAAGCAUUAUCCACGAAGCCUUUAUCUUUUUUACUUGGUGCCAGUAUUAUGUUGACUGCGGGGUGUGUUGUAGCAUAUGAGAUCGAUAAAACAGUGAAUCAUGAAGAUGGUAUAUUGAUUGAUUGUCGUUUCAUGUAGAAACAUUUCGAAGCGGGGAUACUGAUUUCGGGUUUCUACAACAUGUUUGUGUUAUAGAGUAACGGAGUGGCACAGUCCCUGCGUGAUUUCUGUUGCUUUUUGGCAAUAUGUAUAACAUAUUACAGCUAUUUAAAUUGUUAUAUCAGGGAACAUUCUAUUUCUAUAUGUGAGUCAUAAUGCGCAAGUGAUACAGCAAAUAUUUAUAUUGAAUGUUUUGUUUAUAUAUGUUGCGUAAUGCAAUGGUUUGUUCUAAUAUAAUGGUAUCGUAUGAUAUCUCUAUCCUUUUAUAUUGUAAAACAUUUUCUUUCUCAAAUCAAUAUUGAAUAAAAUAGCCAAGUUUGAUAUGGGCAUUUCUGUUCUUAUUGUUAAAUGCACAGCUGAAUAUACUAUCAUAUCAUUUCUGACAACAUUUAAAUACGUGCAUAUGUAAAAUCAGCAUGACAACAUAUUUCAGGAUACUGGAAUGUAAUUGCAAUUUACAUAUAAAGUGAGAAUAUGCCAUUAUAACUUUUGCCAUACCUUGAUUUUGUCUAAUUAGACGUUAAGAUAAAGAAGUUUACGUAGAUAAUAUUUCCAUUUUGACAUGAAAAGUAAAUAUUGUAAACGACAAGUUUGAUUAUGAAUUAAAGAAAUAAUAACACUUGUAAGUAAAAUUGUUCAUCUUGAAAUAAAUUGUUUUGGUUGUGUUGACAUUAAACCUGUAAAAAAGAUGACAAACAGUUUACCAAGCAUAACCGAUUACAAAACUGUUAAAUAUGAAAAUUGGUAUAUUAUUUAUUUCAGCGUAUGUACGUAAUAUAAAAUUUUCUUAUUUCGUUACGAAAUUUAAGAAAAAAGUUAUGCCAUCUUUUUGCAUUUUCUUGUAAAAUUAUUACAUGUUCAUGUUGAAACGUUGUUAAUAUUCAUAAUUCGUAUUUAAUUAGAUUUUUAUAUGAUCUUUAUAAUUUAUUUAGCUAACACAUGUUCUUUGUUAAUUAAAUUUCAUACAUUAAAAUGACAAAAUAUGA